CUCUCGACGCGUCAGUUGCCUAGAAACGACUAAAGCAACCGGACGCCUCUCCGCCCAUGGGCUUUUCAUCCGCGCAAUCAAUGUAAUGUCAUCUGAACGACCGCCACUCAUGGAGACAUCAUCCAAUACCGCUGCGAGCUCUCCCGCUCCCGCUUCCACUGCGCGCCGCUCUGGACGCGUCACAAAGGCACCCGCGAAGUUCACCCCAGAUGCGCCCAGCGCAAGCAAGCGCAAGCGAAACGCCCAGAACGACGAGGAGGAUGCAGAGAACGAGUCGCCCGAUGAGAUGGAUGAGGCCAGCGACGGCGACAACGAAGAGGCCGACGACUCGGCGGCCGAGGAACCCCGGCGCACAGCGAAGAAGAAGAAGUCCUCGUCGCAGCCAGCAAAAGCAAGAAAACCCGCUGCGAAGAAGCCCAAAAUAAACGGCGACGCGCCAACCCACGAGCCCGCCCAUACUGCGCAUCUACCAAGUCGCCCGAAGAAGACUGUCAGGAUUGCGGUUACUCAGCGAGAGGGGGACGGGCUUUAUGCCGAUAUCUUCGGCUCUGGAGACCCUUCAGACAAGGUCGCGACGGAGUGGUAUCACAAGUACCAGGCCGACGACACUGCCGCCGUUACCGAUCUUGUAAACUGCAUUCUCCAGUCUGCCGGCUGCGACCAGCAGGUCACGCAAGACGAUAUUCGAGACCCAGAGAACUGUUCCAACCGGCUCGCAGACCUACAGAAUGUCUACGCCGAGGAGGGAAUUACAGACUAUCCCCUGAUUUCCAGGGGCAAGACUACCAAGCCGUUUCGCGACCUGUUGAUCGGCUUCUUCAAGUCUCUCGUGACUGUUCUGCACGAGACUGACGUUCUUUACAAGGACAGCGCAUUGAUGGAGAACAUUGCGAGAUGGGUGGCGUCCAUGUCUUCGUCGACCCUGCGGCCGUUCCGACACACGGCGACCACUGUCGCGCUGGCAAUGGAGGCCGCUCUGGUCGAAGUGGCUAAGAAGCUCGAUGACCGGAUCACCAAGAUGACACAGCAGGUUGACGCCGAGAAGAGCCGUAAGGGGAAGAACAAGGAAAGACUGGCCCUGAUCCAGAAGAACCUAGAGGAAGCCGAACAGAACCGUCAGCUUGUCCAGGAGCAGAUUACUGACUUUUUCGAAACUGUAUUUGUCCAUCGAUACCGUGACAUUGACGCCAAAAUCCGGACCGAGUGUGUCGAGGCCCUUGGCACUUGGAUAUGGCACCUUCCCACCUUCUUCAUGGAACCCGAGUAUCUGCGAUACCUGGGCUGGAUGCUGUCCGACAUUACGCCACAAACGAGGCACGAAGUGCUCAAGCAGCUUUCCCGGAUAUUCAAGCGCGAUGCCGAGAAGCUGGGCCACUUCAUUGACCGCUUCAGACCGCGCUUGGUGGAGAUGGCCACCAAGGAUGCCGACGUCAGCGUCCGCGUUGCCGCUAUCUCCGUCAUCCAAAUCCUCAAAGACAAGGGAAUGCUGGUGCCUGACGAAGUCGACUCGAUUGGCCGAUUGGUUUUCGACUCGGAGCUGCGUGUACGGAGAGCUGUCAUCGAUUUCUUUGCCGGUUGCGUCAAUGACUCGAUCGAGACGAAAGUCGAGGAGAUGGGUGGCAGUGAUGCGGUAGACGAGCUGUUUGGUGACGAUGAAGAGGACGACUACUUUUCUCCACGAAGAGACUGGAUUAGUAUCAAAUGCCUCGCCGAGCUGUUGGCCGCAUACGAUGCGCAGCUAGAAGAAGAGAACCAGACGUUGCCGGUUCGAGGUCUGGAUGUUGCCACCGAGAUGGUUCAGGCAGUGGCGCCAGAGACCCGUAUCUCGCUCGCCUCCCAGGUCCUUUACGAGAAGAUCGAUCAGGUCAAGAACUGGGAGCUGUUGUCUGGUUAUCUGCUCUAUGAUCACACGACAAGCACCAAGUCAAAAUCAGCAGCGAAGCGCAAGUCGAGCGAGGCAGCGCUCAAAACCGCCGUGGCGCCGGACGGCCGAGAGGAGUCAGUGCUUCUUGAGGUCCUCGCAUCUGCUGUCAAGCUGAGCCUCGCUUCCGGUCCAGAUGGAGACCGGAGCAGGAGGAAACAACGGCCGGAUGCCGGUGAUGGCGCUGAAGAAUCCGCAGUGCAUUUGGCUAGUAUUAUCCCUCGCCUCUUGAACAAGUACGGAGCCGAAGCCAGCACUGCGGUCAUCGUAUUGCGACUUGAGCAUUCGCUACCGCUGGAUGUAUUCCAGCAGCUCCGCCAAGAUUCAACGACUUACAGUCGCUUGCUAGAUGAGAUCUGCACCCAGUUCGACAGACAUGUCGACAGGGGAGUCCUCGCAGAAGCGACCGCGGCACUCUUGCACGCCCGCAAGUAUGACGAAUUGGAGGAAAUAACAGAUAACAAGAUCUCGGAGCUGUGGCAAACGGUGGGCAACGCGCUCAGGCAUUUCGACAAGACUUACGAGCUCCGGGAUCGCGGCAAUAUGGAGGCCCCACCCAUCACCCAGCUGGGCAGCAUCCUUCUCAAGGUCAGCAAGCUCUCAAGCAUCGCCGACUGCGUCGAAGUGCUCGAAGCACCGGGCCAGUCCGAAGACUCAUCCAAUCCCGUAAUCGAACUCCUCACUCGGACAGUCCACCGCGGAAAGCUAGAGCAGGUCGACGAGGCGCUCGACGACCUCGAGGAUGAGGCCGUCUCGUACGCUAUCCAAGCAUCCCACUUCUACUUCAUGUGGAAAGUCCGGACCCUUCUCAGCUCGGUGCAGUCCAACACGGACAUCCCCGCCCUGAUCGUCGAGCGGCUCGCCACCCUCCGCAAGAGCUACGCUAACAACCUCAUCUGGACGCUCUCCUCGCGCGGCACCAACGACGACCUGCGCCUCUUCGCCACCGGCGCCCUCUGCGACCUGCACGUGCUCUUAGCCUCCCUACGCGAAGCCGUCAAGCAACAACCCCCAUCCGACCAAACGGAAGGCUAUCUCUCCCUGUUGGAGCCCCUCUUCGAACCGAUCCAGCCAGGCCUCACAAACGAGCUCAUCGAGAUCUACAACGCCGCCGAGCGCGCCUACGCCCGCAUCUCGAAGCGCACCCUCAACGACCCGGCCGAGGACGAAGGCCCCGUCGACCAGAUCCCCGGCGGCGACGACGACGAUGAUGACGAGAUCGACGAGGACGAGGCCGAGGCCGAGGCCAACCUGACGCCGACGGAGCGCAAGGGGAAGGAACUGAAGCUGGAGCGGGCGCUGUGCGAGCUAGCGGGCAAGCUGGUGCUCGCCAUCCUGGCCAAGAUGGUAGACCACGUCGGCCCGCAGGCGGGCAAGCUCCGGCGGAGGAUGGUGCGCAACCAGACCAAGCUGGGGCCUAACCUGCGCGAGACGCUGGCGUAUCUGGACGAGGCGAAAUUGAGGGAGCGUGUCGCGGCUGGUGUGGGGGCGGCGAGUAAGAAGAAGGCUGGUAAUAAAUCUAGGUCUAAGACGGGGAAGCAGCACCAGCAGCAGCAGCAAUCCGGGGCUGGAGGUGGAGGUAGUGGUUCUGCCGCGGCGGCGGCUGCCGGGAAGAAGAGACACGCGCUGAGUGAAGAGGUUGUGGUCGCCGAGGACGAUGAGUCGGAGUUAUCUGAGAUUGAGGACGCGGAGCCUGAGCCCGAGCCGGAGGAGGGGUCGAUGGAGGAUCUGAGGAGGAGAGAGCUGUUGGAUGAUCCCAUCGAGGAUGAGGAAGAAGAGGAGGACGGUGGUGGUGAUGGUGGCGGGGGAGGCGAUAAGAUGGACGAGGAUGAGGAUUCUGUAAUAGGAGACUGAGGAGGUGAUGGAUGCAAAAUUUCAUCUUUAUGGCUUUCCCUUCGCUUUCGUCGCGCAAGGGUUGAUAGCGGUGUAUUUGUCUAUGAUGAGGAUGGCUUGAUGAAUAGGGUUGACUCUCGUUUCUGUCCAUACCAAAUAAUUGCUAUUCGCUCGCCUACGGAGUUCUUUCCUCACGUUCCGCACGGUUGUCGUCUUGUU